GGUGCCAGGCCAGAGUGGCUAGCGAUUCCGUUUGGAGCAGUUCAAGAGUUUGACAACGGCGCACAGUACACACACCAUAGCAGAACUUGAGAGCUUGGGGUGUGGGUAUUCUCGUACUUGGGGAUACUCUGUACGCGUCAAAUAGGAAAAGAAAAAUCCGAGUGCCUUAUCCCCCCCCCACCAAAGUUGGAGAGUGAACCCCCUCCCCCUAAGAAUUUUGCAGUUUGACAGCUCUGUCCGAGUGUAAACGCGACAGAAUACCCGGCAUUCCAUUGUGGUGAGGAGGCUGCGCGUGUGGGACUGCUGACAGCCUUUCCUUUUGAAAUCCCUCUUUCUGUUAUUUCUUUAUUUCUUACCUCAUCCAUUCUUUCCAUACACACACAAAAUGGCGGACGCGGACUCCCGCCUGGAUCGCAAUGAUCCCGACUUUAAGUACCUGGUGGUGGACCGAAAUGCUUUCAAUGACCCUACAACCCAAGCGGAAUGGACCCAGAAAAGGCUGGUCUGGAUUCCCCACGACAACUUUGGUUUCGUCUCAGCUUCCAUCAAGGGAGAAAGAGGUGACGAGGUUGAAGUAGAGAUCAUGGAAACUGGCAAACGCUGCCACGUUCCAAAAGAUGACCUACAGAAGAUGAAUCCACCCAAGUUCGACAAGGUGGAAGACAUGGCCGAGCUGACAUGCCUCAAUGAAGCCUCAGUCCUUCACAACAUCAAGGAGCGAUAUUACUCAGGACUCAUUUACACAUACUCUGGCUUGUUUUGCGUGGUAGUUAACCCCUACAAGAGGCUGCCCAUCUACACGGAGAAGAUCAUUGAUUUGUACAAGGGCAAGAAGAGACACGAAGUGCCUCCGCACGUCUUUGCCAUCACCGAUUCGGCUUACAGGUCCAUGUUGCAAGAUCGUGAGGACCAGUCCAUCUUGUGCACGGGUGAAUCUGGAGCUGGAAAGACGGAGAACACGAAAAAAGUGAUCCAGUAUUUGGCAUACGUUGCCGCGUCCAAACCCAAAACCACAACCGUCGCUCACAAGGACAUCACGGGCGAACUGGAACAACAACUACUGCAAGCCAAUCCGAUCCUUGAGGCUUUCGGUAACGCCAAAACUGUCAAGAACGAUAAUUCAUCUCGUUUCGGCAAAUUUAUUCGGAUUAAUUUUGAUGCUUCCGGCUAUAUUGCGGGUGCCAAUAUCGAGACUUACCUCUUGGAGAAGUCCCGUUCUAUCCGCCAAGCCAAAGAUGAACGUGCCUUUCACAUUUUCUAUCAGCUCCUGGCCGGCGCCAAUGCCGAACAGCGAAAGGAAUUCAUUUUGGAGGACCCGAAAACGUACUGUUUCUUGUCCAGCGGAAACCUUCCGGUGGCAGGUAUCGAUGACGCGGCCGAGUUCCAGCAGACGUGCAAGUCGAUGUCAAUUAUGGGCCUGAGUCCCGAGGAUUUGUCGCCGCUUUUCCGCAUCGUUUCAGCCACUCUUCUCUUCGGCAACAUGAAAUUCAAGCAGGAACGCAAUUCCGAUCAGGCCACUUUACCUGACAACACUGUGGCUCAGAAAAUCGCCCACCUGUUGGGCAUGAACGUGACCGAGAUGACGAAAGCUUUCCUCAAGCCUCGCAUUAAAGUCGGUCGGGACUACGUCACGAAAGCCCAGACAAAAGAGCAAGUGGAGUUCGCUGUCGAAGCCAUUUCCAAAGCCUGUUACGAGCGCAUGUUCCGCUGGCUGGUGACGCGCAUCAACCGCUCGCUGGACCGAACCAAGCGCCAGGGCGCCUCGUUCAUCGGCAUCCUCGACAUGGCCGGUUUCGAGAUCUUUGAGCUCAAUUCAUUCGAGCAGCUCUGCAUUAAUUACACGAACGAGAAGCUGCAGCAGCUCUUUAACCACACGAUGUUCAUCCUGGAACAGGAGGAGUACCAACGCGAAGGCAUCGAAUGGAAGUUUAUCGAUUUCGGAUUGGACUUGCAGCCGACCAUCGACUUGAUUGAGAAACCCAUGGGCAUUAUGGCUCUGUUGGACGAAGAGUGUUGGUUCCCCAAGGCGACGGACAAGAGCUUCGUCGAGAAGCUGCUCAACUCGCACGUCAGCCACCCGAAAUUCAUGAAGACGGACUUCCGCGGCGUGGCCGAUUUCGCCGUCAUCCACUACGCCGGCAAAGUGGAUUACUCCGCCGAGAAGUGGCUCAUGAAGAACAUGGACCCUCUCAACGAGAACAUUGUCGAAUUGCUUCAACAGUCGCAGUAUCCGUUCAUCGUUCAAAUUUGGAAAGACGCCGAGAUCGUCGGCAUGGCCCAACAGGCCAUGACGGACACGACGUUCGGCUCGAGGACGCGCAAGGGCAUGUUCCGCACAGUCUCGCAGUUGUACAAGGAGCAGCUGACCAAGUUGAUGGCCACGUUGCGCAACACGAACCCCAAUUUCGUUCGUUGCAUCAUUCCCAAUCACGAGAAGAGAGCCGGCAAGAUCGAGGCCGUUCUCGUGCUGGACCAGUUGCGCUGCAACGGUGUCCUCGAGGGCAUCCGCAUUUGCCGCCAGGGGUUCCCCAAUCGCAUCCCGUUUCAAGAGUUCCGCCAGCGCUACGAGCUCCUCACGCCCAACGUCAUUCCUAAGGGCUUUAUGGACGGAAAGAAAGCCUGCGAGAAGAUGAUCCUUUCGCUCGAGCUCGACCCCAACUUGUACCGCAUCGGCCAGUCCAAGAUUUUCUUCCGCGCCGGAGUGCUGGCCCAUUUGGAAGAGGAACGCGAUUUCAAGAUCACGGAUUUGAUUGUCAAUUUCCAGGCGUACUGCCGCGGUAGUUUGGCUCGCCGCAAUUUCCAGAAGCGCGUCCAGCAGCUGAACGCCAUCCGCAUCAUCCAGCGCAAUUGCGCCGCCUACCUGAAGCUGCGCAACUGGCAGUGGUGGCGCCUCUACACGAAGGUGAAGCCCCUCCUGCAGGUGACGAAACAGGAAGAGAAGCUGACGCAGAAGGAGGACGAAUUGAGGCAGGUUCGAGACAAGCUGGACGGCCAGAUCAAGUCGGCCCAAGAGAUGGAGCGUCGCUACCAGCAGAUUAUCGAAGAGAAGAACAUUUUGGCCGAGCAGCUGCAGGCCGAGACGGAGCUGUGCGCCGAAGCGGAAGAGAUGCGCGCCCGCCUGGCCGCCCGCAAACAGGAGCUGGAGGAUAUCCUUCACGACAUGGAAGCCCGUAUCGAAGAGGAGGAGGAACGUUGCCACAAGCUGAUGGAGGAGAAGAAAAAGAUCCAGCUGACUGUGCAGGAUCUCGAGGAACAGCUGGAAGAAGAGGAGGCGGCCCGUCAGAAGUUGCAGGUGGACAAGAUCCACGUUGAAGCGCGUCAAAAGAAACUGGAAGAAGAUUUGGCCGUGGCCGAGGAUUUCCAGCAGAAGUUCAUGAAAGAGAAGAAAAUGUUUGAGGAGCGCACGGCCGACUUGUCGCAAGCGCUGGCCGAGGAGGAGGAGAAGGCCAAGCAUUUGGGCAAACUGAAAGCCAAACACGAGACGACCAUCGGCGACCUCGAGGAGCGACUCAUCAAGGAGCAACAAGCCCGCCAGGAAUUUGAACGAUCCAAGAGGAAGCUGGACACUGAGUUGACGGACAUUCGCGACCAGCUCAACGAGAAGAAGACGUACAUCGAAGAGAUUCAAAUUCAGCUGUCUCGUCGCGAAGAGGAGCUCACCCACGCCAUGAUGAAGGUGGACGAAGAGGCCGCCAACCGGGCAGUGGCCCAGAAAGCCCUGCGAGAGCUGGAGGCUCAGCUGGGCGAGUUGACUGAAGAUUUGGAGGCGGAAAAAGUGGCCCGCGCCAAAGCGGAGAAGCAAAAACGCGACCUCAACGAAGAGUUGGAGGCUCUCAAGAACGAGCUGCUCGAUUCUCUGGACACGACGGCCGCCCAGCAAGAAUUGCGCACCAAGCGCGAACAAGAAUUGGCCGCUUUGAAGAAGGCCCUCGAAGACGACACGGCCUCCCAUGAAUUGCAGACGCAGGAGAUGCGCCACAAGCACAGCGAGGAGACGGCCAAGAUCCACGAGCAAUUGGACUCUGUCAAAAAGAGCAAAAUGGCCCUGGAGAAAACCAAGGCCACCCUGGAAGCUGAAAACGCCGACAUGGCCAAUGAAAUCAAGACGCUGACGGCCAGCAAAACGGACGGCGAACGCCGCCGCAAGCAGCUCGAGUCGCAGUUCUCUGAAUUGCAGGCCCGUCUGGCCGAAGCGGAACGCGGACGCGGCGAAGGGUCGGAGCGGCUCGUUCGUCUCCAGAAUGAAAUCGAGACCAUUACAGUCCAGUUGGUGGACGCCGAAUCCAAGCUGGCGGUGGCCGUUAAGUCGCAAACGACGAUCGAGCAGCAGCUGAUCGAAGUUCAGGCUCUUUUGGAAGAGGAGACGCGCCAGAAAUUGGCGCUCAGUUCUCGACUGCGCCAGGCCGAUUCCGAGCGCGAUUCGCUGCAGAAUCAGCUGGAAGAUGAGGAGGAAGCCAAACGCCAGUUGGAGAAGCAAAUUUCUAGCCUCAACAUUCAGCUGAUCGAGGUGAAAAAGAAGGCCGAAGAGGAAGGCGAAGCCGCCAUCCAACUGGACGAGCUCAAAAAGAAAUCCAUCAAGGAUAUCGACGCCCUGCAGCGACACAUUGAAGAGUUGCAGGCCAACCUGGACAAAAUGGACAAGUCUCGCAAGAAGCUCGGAGCGGAAUUGGAAGACACGACCGUCGAACUGGAAUCGCAACGCACCAAGGUGCUCGAUUUGGAGAAGAAACAGCGCAACUUUGACAAGGUGCUCAUGGAAGAGAAAACCAUUUCGGAACGUUACGCCAUUGAGCGUGACAAUGCCGAACGUGAAGCUCGUGAAAAAGAGACCAAGGUCCUUUCGCUGAAUCGCGAACUCGAAGAAGCUCUGGCCAAGAUUGACGAGCUCGAAAGGAUCCGCCGCCAGUUGCAAGGUGAGCUGGACGACCUUGCCAACACGCAGGGGACGGCUGACAAGAACGUGCACGAACUGGAACGAGCCAAACGCGCCCUCGAGUCUCAAUUGGCCGAACAAAAGACUCAGAUCGAAGAGCUCGAAGACGAACUGCAGUUGACUGAAGAUGCCAAACUGCGUCUGGAGGUGAACAUGCAAGCGCUGAAGGCGCAAUUCGAGCGGGAUCUUCAAGCGCGCGAAGAGCAGAGCGAGGAGAAGCGACGCACUCUGGUCAAGCAAUUGCGCGACCUGGAAGCCGAGCUGGAAGAUGAGCGCAAGCAGCGAGCCGUGGCCGUGGCGGCGCGCAAGAAGAUGGAGGGCGACAUGCGUGACCUGGAGGCCCAUCUGGAGAUGGCCAACAAGCUCAAGGAAGACGCACUCAAGCAGCUCAAGAAGCUCCAAGUCCAGGUGAAGGAGUUCCAGCGCGACGCCGAAGAGGCUCGUGCCGGGCGCGACGAGUUGGUCGCCCAGCUCAAGGAUGGCGAAAAGAAGAUCAAGUCGCUCGAAGCUGAGCUGAUGCAAAUGCACGAGGAGCUCGCGGCGGCCGAACGGGCCCGCCGCACGGCCGAGGGCGAUCGCGACGAGCUGCAGGAAGAAUUGGCCACCAUCAACAGCCGCGGAACGCUGAUGGCCGACGAGAAGCGCCGCCUGGAGGCCCGCAUCCAGUCUCUGGAGGAAGAGCUGGAAGAGGAGCAAUCCAACGGCGAAGUGCUGCUGGAUCGCAACCGCAAAGCUCAGCUGAGCUUUGAACAGUUGACGACCGAGCUGACGUCGGAGCGUUCCGUCUCGCACAAGAUCGAGAAUCAGCGAGCCUUGCUCGAGAAGCAGAACAAGGAGCUCAAGGCCAAGUUGACCGAAUUGGAGACAUCGACGAGGACCCGCACCAAGGCCACCAUUACGGCCCUCGAGGCCAAAGUGGCUAACCUGGAAGAGCAACUGGAGACUGAAGCCAAGGAAAGAAUGCUGCAAUCCAAGAACAACCGCAAGUUGGAGAAACGCUUGAAAGAGUUGCUGCUCCAGUUGGAGGACGAACGCCGACACGCUGAUCAGUACAAGGAGCAAGUCGAAAAAUCCACCAGUCGCGUCAAGGCCCUUAAACGUCAGCUGGACGAAGCCGAGGAAGAGGUGAGCCGCGAGAAGGCGCAACGUCGCAAAGCGCAACGCGAUUUCGAGGACGCCCUCGAAUCGCAGGAGAGCAUCUCUCGCGAGUUGACGACGCUCAAGAGCAAGAUGCGUCGCGGUCCGUCUGUCGCCUCCUCUUCCAGCGUCCUGGUCACCACCAUUCGCACCACCAAACGUGGCUCUGUUUCUCAGGUAAGAACAUCGUUUUUGUUUUUUUGUUUUUUUUUUGUUUAUUCUUCCCGGCAAAUUCAAAUGAUUGAUGACAUUUUCGAUUGCGGUGGCCUCUUUUUACAGGAAGGGAUCACCACUAACGAGUCGUAUAUGAUUGGCGAUGCGGAAUCCACGUUGGAAACUGACGGAGAAGAUGGCACCAAGCAAUAAAAAGAAAAAAAAAAAAACAUUUUUUUUAUUUUAUGAUUUUUUUUUUUUUAUGUUCUGCCUAUUCUUCCUCUUCCGCCUGCUUCCGUCAUAUUCGAGCGGGAAGUUCUUAAAAAGAGAAAAAGAAAAAAAUCCGGAAUCCGGCCAUCCCUUUAUGAUAUAAUCCCCCCCGCUUAUAUACGAUUCCUCCCCCCUCCCCACUCCAUCUUGAAUUAUAUUCCAAAAACAAAACAAAAACGAUAAAGUAAAAAAAAAAUAAUAAUAAUAAUAAUAAUGAAAAAAAAAAAAAGAUUGAACUAAUUCUAAAAUGUUAACGGGUGGUUUAUUUUUCUUGUGCAUCCUCCAUUUAGACGAAACAAUUAAUUUUUUUUUUUGGGGGAGGGUUGAAUUAUUAUUUUUAUUUUUUUCUAAAUCUUCCUUGGAAUUAACACACGAACAGAGAAUUAUGUAUAACGAAGCAGAGGUCGAUCAUAGAGUAACGAAACAACGCACGGUGUGGCCUUACAUUAAACAUUUUUUUUUUUUUCCCAAAUUUUUUUUUUUUGCUGGUCUUUCCGAAAGCGAAAACAAAAAAAAAUGGGGGAAAAAAAAGAAAGAAGUAAUAAAAACACUUAUUUGUUGUUUCUUUUCUCGCUAAUGAUUUUACGACAGCGAAAAACAAAAACAUACAAUUUAAAAUAAAAAACGAUAAUAAAAUAUUGAGAGUGCGAAAAUGUCGAAAAAACAAAUCCAGUUGACUUAUUAGAUAAUAAGAUCAGAGUGUGUUUCCAGCUGCCAAAAUGUAUUUUCAAAUUUUUUUUUUUUUUACCGCCCCUUCAUCUUCGUGUCUUUCCCCCAUUUGCAUACGAGAUGCGAUGAUUGUUUAUUCCAUUUUUUUUUUUAUAAUUCUUUUUGUUUGUUUACACUUUUGUGCUAAUUAAUGAAAAGCCUCCAUUUUACUUUAAUUUUUUUUUUCUAUUAUUAUUUUUAAUUCUUGGCCUCAAUAACGAACAAGCUGACGCGGCAAUGAAUGAUAAUUACGAUAGGGGGGAAUUUCGAUGAAAAUUGAUCUCCCCCCCCCCGGUCCACCAUUUACGCGUGGAUUUUUAAUUGUCCUUAAAUUUAUUUUUAUCUUUUAUGCGCUCUCAAAUCUGGCUUGGUCCUCUUCUUUAUUUUAUUUUUUUUUUAAACGCCCGCAAUCGGAUUUUUGAUUUCUUCGGUUAUUUUGCUUUAUUUAGUUUUGUUUAUUCAGAUAGUUAAUAAGCAAGAGAGAUAUUUAGCACAAAAAAGUGAAAAAAAAAAAAAUGAAGUUUUAAUUUUCGUGAUCAAUUUCAUUCCUUUCUCUCUGCCCCCUUUUUUUGCUCCUCUCGUCUCUGUCUCCAGAAAAUAAAAUAAAAAAAAACAAACAAAGAAAAUGAGAAAAACAAAGAGAAA